AUGUGCAAACAUUGCCCCACCAAGCUCUUGGAGUUACAGAAUGUAGCUCUAAUCAUCAAUAAUGCCCUCCAAGAGGAGCACGCCAGCCACCUGCCUAAGGGUAUUAAGUCUGGCAGCUCUUCCACCCUCAACUGGGGGGCAAGUACCAGCCAUCAGGCCAGUACCUCCAAGAAACUCUCCAAGGAUCCCAACUUUGUCUUGGAGGAAGAGCAUAAUUGCCACCAUGCUGAAGGCACAUCCAAAGAAGAGGAAGCUGAUUGUAACCUGCUUGAAGGAUUACCCCCAGAAUACCACCAAUACACCAAGGUAUUUGGGGAGGAAGAGUUCAACAAGCUUCCCCUACAUAGGCACUAUGAUAUUGGGGUCAAACCUGUGGAAGAAGGCCACCUUAACUACCUGCUCUACAGCAUGACCAAUGCCAAAUCCUCAACCCUCAAGGAUUGGCUCAGGGAUGAGUUGAAAACUGGGAAAAUACUCCCCAGUAAAUCCUCCAUCAGUUCCCUGGUCAUGUUUGGUCCUACAAAGGAUGGCUCCUGCCAAUUGGUUGUUGAUUAUUGCUGCCUUAAUAACCAGACUAAGAAGAAUGUAUACCCCUUACCCCAUCCUGACAACCUCAUGGCCCAGCUUUGUGGUGCCAAGGUCUUCACCAAAUUGAAUCUAAGAUGGGGUUACUAUAAUGUCUGUGUUAAGGAAGGCAACAAGUGGAAAACAGCUUUCCGCACCAAGUAUGGUCUCUACUAG